UAUAACAAAAACCUCUAUUUGACUUUGGUAAAUGAUUAACUUGUUGAUCCCCAAGCAGGCAAGAGUAUCAGAGACAGACCAAAAAAGAUAACUGUGAACUGAGCUCAAAAUGAGAGUUCCAGUAAAACUCCUCGGCUUCGUCUUUUGGUUGUUUUUCUUUAAUUGUGGCCAAUGUGAAGACUGUUUUCGUAAGGACAUCAAAUAUGAAAACACAGAACCAGCUGUGAAAGCUUCAUACAGUAAUGGUGAAACAGUGAGAGUGAACUGCAUGACAGGCUUUACUGGCGUGUAUAGAUUAAAGUGUGAAGAGGGAACAUGGAAGGCAACCAUUGAGCGAAAAUGUGCAAAGAAAAAAUGCAGUCACCCAGGAGACACACCAAAUGGUGAUUUUAAACUUACAGCGGGGUCGGAAUUUGUUUUUGGAGCAACAGUGUUGUACACUUGCAAGAAAGGAUUUGAAAUGACAAGCAGAAUCAAUCAGCGUACCUGCAGAGCUCAAGGAUGGGAUAAUACUGUCCCUGUCUGUGAGGCUGUGAAAUGUCCAGCCAUUCGCACAAAUGCGUUUGUGACUGCAUCAGGCAACACAGAAGAGGGAAGUUAUGGUGAUGUUAUCCACUUUGAGUGUGUAUCUGCUGACAAAAAGAUAGACGGAAGUAGUGACAUUCACUGCACAGAGACGGGCGACUGGAGUGACUCUGUUCCAACAUGCAAAGAGAUAACAUGCACAGCACCUGUUAUAUCAAAUGGUUCUGUUGUUGAGCCAGUGCAAGAAUACCAGAGAGAUGCCAUAUUAAAAUACAGAUGUUCACCAGGGUUCAAGCCUAGAGAGGGAAUCCCCAGAUGUGCUAAAUUUGGUUGGACUCUGAACCCAGAAUGUGAUGAAGUAACUUGUGAGCUUAAGUCAAUAAGAUUUGGAGUAAAGAAGAUCAACCCAGAGGGAAAAACUAUUUUCAGAGGUGGAGAAAGUGUGGAGAUCACCUGCGCUGAAAGAUACUGGAUCUUUCGUACAAAAGAAACCAUCAGAUCAUUUACAUGUCAAAAUAACGGGGAGUGGGAUCAUGAGCCUGUUUGUGAGGUUAUUAGAUGUGAAGUUCCACGUGACCAGUAUGUGUAUAGGCCAUACUCUUACUUCAGGGGAGAUAUGACAUUGGGAGCAAAAAUAUCUUACUAUUGCUUUGAUGGGGUUGACUAUGAGAAAGCAGAGGCCACAUGCACACAAGAUGGAUGGACUCCAAAACCACUGUGUGCUGAAAAAAUGUGUGCAGCACCAAUAAUCCCAAAUGCAGAGAUUUUGGGAGAUCAGAGACAAAAAUACUCCAAGAAUUCAUGGAUACAAUAUCAAUGUCUUCCUGGGUUUGAACCAGAGCAGCCUAAAUAUAUCACCUGUAACUCCCGGACUGAAUGGACAGGCAUACUGCAAUGCACUGCAAAACAAAAAUUGUGCCCUGCUCUAUCUGUGAAAAAUGGGUUCAUACACACCCUCUCCUCCAAUGAGGAAGAAAUCUUUUACUCCUGCGACACGGGUUAUAAACCAUUCCGUGGGAACUGGUGGGAUUCAGUGACAUGCAGCAGAGGCUCUUGGUCUGAAGAACCUCAGUGCAUCCGGGAGGAAGAGUGUGGUGCUUUUCCCAGUGUUCACCAUGGAAAACUAAAGCAAACAAAACAGAUCUUCAAUGAUGGAGACACAACAGCACUUGAAUGUGAUCCAGGGUUCAAACCAACUCAACGCUUCAUAAAAUGUGUCAGUGGUACAUGGGAGACACCAGUUUGUGAGGUGGAUGUACAUUGUGACAGUCCUCCAAAGGUGGAAAAUGCAUUCAUAACAUCUAAACCUAAAGAAUUUUAUGGAUAUGGAUCCAGUGUAACGUACGCAUGUCGAAGCUCAUUUUUAAUUAAUGGAAAAAGCACAGUUUUCUGCCGCAGUGGAACUUGGGAAGAAACACCAACAUGUAAAGAGGUAAUGUGUGUUGCAAACCUGACAGAGAACAUGAGAUCAGACGUCACUGAUGACGAACACCUGGGGCCUGAGAUUUCAGUUAGAUCUGGACACACAAUAACUCUUACUUGUCUUGGGAAGGGAAUGAAAUUAAAACAUAACAAAAUCACCUGCUUGCCAGAAGGACAAUGGAACGUCCCAUUCCCUAAAUGUAUAAGAGAGGUAAUGUGUGUUGCAAACCUGACAGAGAACAUGAGAUCAGACGUCACUGAUGACGAACACCUGGGGCCUGAGAUUUCAGUUAGAUCUGGACGCACAAUAACUCUUACUUGUCUUGGGAAGGGAAUGAAAUUAAAACAUAACAAAAUCACCUGCUUGCCAGAAGGACAAUGGAACGUCCCAUUCCCUAAAUGUAUAAGAGAGGUAAUGUGUGUUGCAAACCUGACAGAGAACAUGAGAUCAGACGAACACCUGGGGCCUGAGGUUUCAGUCAGACCUGGAGACACAAUAACUCUUUCAUGUGUUGGAAGGGAAUUACAAGGACAGAGCAAAAUCAGCUGCUUGUCAGAUGGAAAAUGGAACCCUUCAUUCCCUAAAUGUGUAGGAGAGGUAUUGUGUCCUCUAAAUACAGCAGAGGAAGACUUAAAAAUGGAGCGAUUCCCUGAUAUUGAUAGGCCCGUCAAAUAUGGAGACAAGUUGACAUUUUCAUGCAAUAGAGAAGGGCUAACAUUAAAAGGAGAGAAAGAAAUCACCUGCCUGCCAAGUGGACAAUGGAGCAGCCCUUUUCCUAAAUGUGAAGCUGAGACCACAGAUGAUCAGCAAGACAAACAAUGAAAAAAAGCUGGUGUAAAACACUGAGUUUUCUGUAUGAAGAUCUGCUGAUCCCACAGAUGUGAAUGAAGAUGAACAGACACACUGCGGCAUGAGCAACACACACACACACACACACACACACACUUGCUUGAUGCUUCAAUAUUCAUGCUCAUACUACAAUUAUAUGGCAUUGUGUUAACACUGCUUCAGAAUAAAGCUUAACAUUCAAACUA